AUGCCAAACCCUCCAAGACCUAUAACCUUUAACACCAUCAGGUUUACGGUUUUAUUUCGCCAAGAAAUCUCAAGAGAGAUCAGAAAGGGAAAGCAAACAGGAAUUAUUUCCAAAAUAUUAAACGCCUACAAACCUGAGAAGGAAGGUGAUCAAAUACUUCAAGAUAAGAGUGUAAGCAAAGUAGUAACGGGAGGUUUUUUCCUUGACCUACCAAUUAAUCCUACCACUUCAAACAUCAUUGGAGAGGUAUUGAAGGAGAAUCCCUUUGUUCUGUUUGCUAGGGAUAUGCUCAACGGAGAUGCUGUAUUUAGAGCAGUGUCAGUAACCCUUCGUGUUAGAGAUUGGGUUCAAGUUUCAGGACAUGAGAUUGUGAACGUGGAAGUGGAUGAUCCUUACAUUAGUGGCGAAGUUGCCAUUCCAAAGUCCAUAGCAGUGGUUGAUGAGAAUGGAGCAAAGGAAAACCAUUUAAAAAGAAAACUCCACUCCAAAGAACACAAGCAAAGUGAUCAUCAUGUGGAGUCAGCAGAUGUAGCUCGUUCUUGCAUAGCUGGUGAUGAACAAUUAGGUUGUAAGAAACGAAAACUCUCAAUCAGAGAUGCAGAAACCGACGACGUUGGAGCUACUCCACCUGCUCACCAAAAUAAUGUCAUGACUGACGAAGAUGUGCAAGCGUUAAGAACUUACAUUGCUAGCAAAAAAACAAACGGAUCCAAAAUUACUACACCAAUUGUUGUCUCCUCAACAACCACACUUGCCGACAAUAGUUUGCAACGGGAUCCAGUUCAAUCAGAAAAAGUCGUUGGCUCAGAACAAUUGGAGAACAAGGUAAAACGAGAUUCUAUUCAAGAACCACUACCAGAAGAUCAACACAGACUUAUCUUUGCCCAAAAGAGCAAUGAUGGUAUUUCCAAUCGUCCAUCGACAGAGUUGCAAAAUAUCCCACAACAACAUCAAGCAGAGCAUUUGUUUUCACCCUUACAUUAUGAAAAUCAAACUCAUCUUGCCAUCUUUUAUAGAUUAACACAGCAUUUAGACAUGACUAUUAACAAACCAACACCAAGAAACAGACAUUUGACGAUCACAUUCAAAAUUAAUCCUCUACCCAAUGCUUCAGCUCUGUUUCAAAGAAUGGCAAAAACUUUGGAUAUUGGAGACUCUGCAUUUACACAACUUAGCCAAAUGGAAUCCAGGCCUAUUGUGGUCACUGAGUACAUUGGCGAACAUUUGGAUAUUUCAACUUUUAAAGCUUGUAAGAUCACAUCAGACGACGGUAUGCCCUUGCUAGCAAUUGUAAUCAAAAAACACGUUGACGAUUCUGCUCUGGCAGACGACGAAAUAAUGAUCCUUUAA